AUGCAGGAGUUAUCCUCGCAGCUUCAGGAGCUGCUGGGGAAGGGGUUUAUUCGACCGAGUAGCUCACCGUGGGGAGCGCCGAUCCUUUUUGUCAAGAAAAAGGAUGGUUCACACCGGAUGUGCAUUGAUUACCAGGAGCUGAACAAGUUGACAGUCAAGAACCGUUAUCCCUUACCGAGGAUCGAUCUGUUCGAUCAGUUGCAGGGAGCGUCUUGGUUCUCCAAGAUUGAUUUGAGAUCUGGAUAUCAUCAGAUGAGGGUGCGUGAUGAGGAUAUUCAGAAGACGGCGUUCAGGACUCGUUAUGGGCAUUACGAGUUCGUGGUGAUUGAUGGGUUUUGA